AUGUCAAAUAUCGGACUUAAUACGUUUGAAGUGGAACAGUGUGUAGCAUGCACAAAUUGCUUUGAAAGAACAUUAAGUAGGAGACAUGAGUUCACAGAAAUCAUUGUACCGGUACUGCAUGACUGGGACAAUAUCAGUUUGCAGAACGAGGUGGACAGAGUUACGAGGUAUCCUGAUCUCAUAGAAGGGGGAACACCGUGUGACAAGUGCCAUAAUAUUGGUCUACGGGUAACACAGAAGGAGAUGAAGACUGUCCCUCAGUUUCUGAUGUUUGUCAUGCAGAGGAAUCAGGGACGAGGAAAAAUGCUGGCACCGGUGGAACCCCCUGAUGAGAUAGUCAUGACCUAUUCUGGAGGAGCUGGUAAUACCGAGAAGACGUGCCUUUUCCAGUUAAAGUCGGUAGUUGUACACAAAGGAGACACGUGUGACCAAGGGCACUAUGUAACGAUGGUGAGAGAACCCGCAGCAGAGAGUGGGUGGAUAAUUUGUGAUGACCAUAUCAUAGAAACAGCACGACCUGAAGACAUAUCUGCAGUCUAUGAUCAGUGCUACAUGAUCAUCUACGAACGCAUGGCAGUAGUACGAACGGACACAGGAGAUUCAACCAACCGUCAGAUACCAGUUCCAGGUAGUGGAACAGAGUUCUCGACAUCAGAACAGCAGUUCUUUCAUACCACAACCCCGACUGAGAGAGCGGAUCACAAGAAACGACAGCGACGUAAAUGUAAAAAAAGAAAAGAGUCUGCGAUGAGAGAUGACGUCAUAGAGGCAAUCAAAUUGAACUGCCGAAAGAAACCAAAUGCUGUCAUGAGGCAAGUAAAUAAAAUUGCCAUAAAGUACAGGGAUAUGCAGACACUGCUUGGCAGAAACUGGUUGAAUGAUGUCAUCAUAAACGGCUACCUUGAGAUGAUAGAUUUGAAGUCGAGGAAUGACGAUGGUCAACCAAGAAUAUACCCUUUCUUCAGCCAAUGGUACCAACAAGUAAAUUCGAGAGGCGAGACGUCACUGCGCAGAAUGGCAAGGCUCAUUGAUCUCGCAGAAUGCGACUGGUUGCUCUUUCCAGUAAACACAGGUGUCCACUGGUACCUAAUCGCCAUUAACCCGAAGGAGAAGAUGGUGGUAUCGCUUGAUUCGCUUCAAGGUGACAAUGCCACAGAGAUUGUUCUGGCAGUGCAAGUUGUAAGAAGCCUAUGGAAAGAGAAAUAUGGCUUGUCAUUUGACUGUCAAAUGAUGGUAGUACCGACUCCACGUCAGCACAACUCGGAUGACUGUGGGGUGUACCUGUGUUACUUUGCGUAUUACCUUAGUGUGGAAAAGGAUGUUCGACGAAUGCGGGAUAUAGAUUCGAAGAAGUACAGACAUACUAUGAUCCAUAACCUGUAUAGAGGUUCUUUCACGUGCUAG